GGACGGCGCCGGCGGCUCUCGGCGGCUGGAGCCGGAUCCUGUAGCCGGGGCGUGGGCCCGCGUCAGUCCCGUCCCUCCUCCGGGCCCCCUCGCGUCUUCCGGAGUGUGGCCGCGGGGCCGCGAUGGCGGAGCGAGGCCCGGAGCCGGCGGCGGCCGCGGUGGCCGCGCUGCCCCCCGAGGUGCGGGCGCAGCUGGCGGAGCUGGAGCUGGAGCUGUCGGAGGGGGACAUCACCCAGAAAGGCUAUGAGAAGAAAAGGUCCAAACUUCUGUCUCCUUAUAGCCCGCAGACCCGAGAAACCGACUCAACAGGACAGAAAGACAGAAACCAAACUCCCGCUCCCACUGCCGCUCAGACUUCUGCUCCUUCCAAGUAUCACCGAGCGCGAUCCGGAGGGGCCAGAGAUGAGCGGUACCGAUCAGACAUCCACACGGAAGCAGUCCAGGCUGCUCUGGCAAAGCACAAAGAACAGAAAAUGGCUUUGCCCAUGCCCACCAAGAGGCGGUCCACAUUCGUCCAGUCUCCUGCGGAUGCCUGCACGCCUCCCGACACGUCUUCGGCCUCUGAGGAUGAGGGCUCUCUGAGGCGCCAGGCCGCGCUGUCCGCUGCCUUGCAGCAAAGCUUGCAGAACGCCGAGUCCUGGAUCAACCGCUCCGUUCAGGGAUCGUCCACCUCUUCGUCGGCGUCCUCCACGCUGUCCCACGGAGAGGUGAAAGGGACCAGCGGGUCUCUAGCUGACGUGCUUGCCAGUGCUCGACUAGAGAGUGUCUCCGCCCCUCCUGAUGUCACUGCCACUACCCCCGCCUCCUCAAUCCGCCCAGCAAGCGUUGACCUGCCCCCCUCCGGCUUUGUUAAAGGCGUGCACAAAGGGUCCAGCAGAUCCAGCCUCAUGGACACAGCUGACGGUGUUCCUGUGAGCAGUAGAGUGUCUACAAAAAUCCAGCAGCUUCUCAACACUCUGAAGCGACCCAAAAGGCCCCCCUUAAAGGAGUUUUUUGUGGACGACUCUGAGGAAAUUGUGGAAGUACCUCAGCCAGAUCCCAACCAGCCGAAGCCUGAGGGCCGCCAGAUGACCCCGGUGAAAGGGGAGCCCCUGGGAGUCAUCUGCAACUGGCCACCUGCCCUGGAAUCUGCCCUGCAGCGCUGGGGCUCCACCCAGGCCAAGUGCCCGUGCCUGACGGGGCUGGACGUGACGGGGAAGCCAGUCUACACCCUCACAUACGGAAAGCUGUGGAGCAGAAGUUUGAAGUUGGCUUACACACUGCUUAAUAAACUGGGGACCAGAAACGAACCAGUGCUGAAAGCUGGAGACAGGGUUGCCCUGGUUUACCCCAACAAUGAUCCAGUUAUGUUUAUGGUGGCUUUCUAUGGAUGUCUCCUGGCAGAAGUGAUUCCAGUGCCCAUAGAAGUACCCCUGACCAGAAAGGAUGCCGGAGGUCAGCAGAUCGGCUUCUUGCUAGGGAGCUGUGGGAUUGCCCUGGCGCUCACCAGUGAGAUUUGCCUGAAGGGCCUGCCAAAAACCCAGAAUGGAGAAAUCGUGCAGUUUAAAGGUUGGCCUCGGCUCAAGUGGGUUGUGACCGAUUCCAAGUACCUUUCGAAGCCUCCCAAAGACUGGCAGCCGCACAUCUCGCCGGCAGGCACAGAGCCAGCGUACAUCGAGUAUAAAACAAGCAAAGAAGGGAGUGUGAUGGGAGUUACAGUGUCCCGGCUUGCAAUGCUGUCUCACUGCCAAGCCUUGUCACAGGCCUGCAAUUAUUCUGAAGGAGAAACCGUGGUAAAUGUUUUAGACUUUAAGAAGGACGCUGGGCUGUGGCACGGCAUGUUUGCGAAUGUAAUGAAUAAGAUGCAUACAAUUAGCGUACCCUAUUCUGUCAUGAAGACCUGUCCUCUCUCUUGGGUCCAAAGAGUCCACGCGCACAAAGCCAAAGUGGCGCUAGUAAAGUGCCGAGACCUCCACUGGGCCAUGAUGGCACAUCGGGACCAGAGGGACGUGAGCCUCAGUUCUCUGCGGAUGCUCGUUGUCACCGACGGCGCCAAUCCCUGGUCUGUGUCGUCCUGUGAUGCUUUCCUGAGUCUGUUCCAAAGCCACGGACUGAAGCCUGAGGCCAUCUGUCCUUGUGCCACCUCCGCUGAGGCCAUGACCGUCGCCAUCCGCAGACCUGGGGUUCCAGGGGCUCCUUUGCCAGGAAGAGCCAUUCUUUCGAUGAACGGAUUGAGCUAUGGAGUCAUCCGGGUUAAUACUGAAGAUAAGAACUCGGCGCUGACAGUGCAGGAUGUGGGGCAUGUGAUGCCCGGGGGCAUGAUGUGUAUUGUGAAGCCAGACGGCCUUCCUCAGCUCUGCAAGACAGACGAGAUUGGAGAAAUCUGUGUGAGUUCCAGGACUGGAGGAAUGAUGUACUUUGGACUUGCUGGCGUGACCAAAAAUACAUUUGAGGUGGUUCCAGUGAGUUCUUCGGGCUCGCCUGUGGGAGAUGUUCCCUUCAUCCGGUCAGGACUGCUGGGCUUUGUAGGGCCGGGCAGCUUGGUGUUCGUGGUUGGAAAGAUCGAUGGCCUACUCAUGGUCAGUGGUCGGAGACAUAACGCUGACGACAUCGUUGCCACUGGGUUGGCUGUGGAGUCCAUGAAGACGGUCUAUCGGGGCAGGAUUGCCGUGUUCUCUGUGUCUGUGUUUUAUGACGAGCGCAUUGUGGUGGUGGCGGAGCAGAGACCGGAUGCAGCCGAGGAGGACAGCUUCCAGUGGAUGAGCCGUGUGCUGCAGGCGAUCGAUAGCAUCCAUCAAGUAGGCGUCUACUGUCUCGCUCUGGUGCCUGCCAACACGCUACCAAAAACUCCACUAGGAGGGAUCCACAUCUCCCAGACAAAGCAGCUCUUUCUGGAGGGUUCUCUACACCCGUGUAAUAUCCUCAUGUGCCCACACACGUGUGUGACCAACUUGCCAAAGCCCCGACAAAAGCAGCCAGGGGUAGGCCCUGCUUCGGUGAUGGUUGGCAACCUGGUCGCUGGUAAACGCAUCGCGCAAGCUGCAGGAAGGGACCUGGGGCAGAUAGAGGAGAAUGAUCUAGUGAGGAAACACCAGUUCCUGGCGGAGAUUUUGCAGUGGCGAGCCCAGGCAACCCCUGACCACGUGCUCUUCAUGCUGCUGAAUGCCAAGGGCACCACCGUGUGCACAGCGAGCUGCCUGCAGCUCCAUAAGCGGGCGGAGAGGAUCGCCUCCGUGCUCGGCGACAAGGGACAUCUAAAUGCAGGGGACAACGUGGUGUUGCUCUACCCGCCCGGCAUCGAGUUGAUUGCUGCUUUCUACGGCUGCCUGUACUCGGGCUGUAUCCCUGUGACCGUGCGGCCUCCUCACGCUCAGAACCUCACGGCCACCCUGCCUACCGUGCGCAUGAUCGUCGAUGUCAGCAAAGCCUCGUGUGUCCUCACCACUCAGACUCUGGUGAGGCUGCUGAAGUCCCGGGAGGCGGCAGCGGCCGUGGAUGUGAAAACCUGGCCAACCCUCAUCGACACAGAUGACUUACCCAGGAAACGGUUGCCUCAGCUGUAUAAACCGCCCACUCCUGAGAUGUUGGCGUACCUGGACUUCAGUGUCUCCACUACCGGCAUGCUGACAGGAGUGAAGAUGUCCCACGCGGCAGUCAACGCUCUGUGCAGAGCCGUCAAGCUGCAGUGCGAGCUCUACUCCUCCCGGCAGGUCGCCAUCUGCCUCGACCCUUACUGUGGACUUGGCUUCGCGCUCUGGUGUCUCUGCAGCGUCUACUCAGGCCACCAGUCUGUCCUGAUCCCUCCUAUGGAGCUGGAGAGCAAUCUGUCCCUGUGGCUGGCCACUGUCAACCAGUACAAGAUAAGGGACACCUUCUGCUCCUACUCCGUGAUGGAGCUCUGCACCAGAGGCCUGGGGAACCAAGUGGAGGUGCUGAAGACCCGAGGGAUCAACCUCUCCUGCGUCCGGACCUGUGUGGUGGUAGCAGAGGAGAGGCCCCGCAUCGCCCUCCAGCAGUCCUUCUCCAAGCUCUUCAAGGACAUUGGCCUGUCCCCUCGAGCUGUCAGCACCACGUUCGGAUCCAGAGUCAACGUCGCGAUCUGUUUACAGGGAACCUCAGGGCCUGACCCCACAACUGUGUACGUGGAUCUGAAGUCACUGAGACAUGACAGGGUCCGUCUGGUGGAGCGGGGGGCGCCCCAGAGUCUCGUGCUGGCUGAGUCUGGAAAGAUCUUACCUGGAGUAAAGGUUGUUAUUGUUAAUCCCGAGACCAAAGGGCCUGUUGGAGACUCUCACCUUGGUGAGAUCUGGGUGAAUAGCCCGCACACAGCCAGCGGCUACUACACCAUCUAUGACAGUGAGACCCUCCAGGCUGAUCAUUUCAACACGCGCCUGAGCUUCGGGGAUGCCGCCCAGACCCUGUGGGCCCGGACAGGGUACCUUGGGUUUGUCCGCAGGACUGAGCUCACGGCGGCCACUGGAGAACGUCACGACGCCUUGUACGUGGUGGGCGCGCUGGAUGAGACACUGGAGCUGAGGGGACUGCGGUACCACCCCACAGACAUCGAGAACUCGGUGUCCCGGGCGCACAGGAGCAUUGCAGAAUGUGCCGUGUUCACGUGGACCAACUUGCUGGUGGUGGUUGUGGAACUGUGUGGCUCUGAGCAGGAGGCCCUGGACCUGGUUCCUCUCGUGACCAAUGUGGUUCUGGAAGAGCACUACCUCAUCGUCGGGGUUGUGGUCGUGGUGGACCCAGGGGUGGUCCCCAUCAACUCGAGAGGGGAGAAGCAGCGCAUGCACCUCCGCGACAGCUUCCUGGCCGACCAGCUGGACCCGAUCUAUGUGGCCUACAACAUGUAGCCAGCCCCGAGGGAGGACGGUGGGUGUAGCCCUUGGGUGCUGCUGAGCGCGGGGGACGGGCUGCCGUGCUAGCGACACACGGAGUGUGCAUCGCGCCUCAGCCCUGGCGUCCACGGCAGCUCGCACUGAAGCAGCUCCAUGCAUGUUGCAGUUUUCCCAUCUAGUAUACGUACUGCAUUUCUACCUAACGGUUUAGACGUUUGUGAGGGAGUUUAACGAGUUCCCGUGAGGGCGAGGUGUGUCCCACUCUCCCCGCCUGUAUGCACUUGCCAUUUUCCUCUAGUGCGGUGUUCUGCGGGGUUUCUGAACAGGAAACUGCCGAGCCCAAGUCAGCAAGUCAAGUAACUCGCGUGAGAACUGCUGUAUGUGUCUAAUUCUUAGUCAGAAGCCUUCUGACCAGUGUUUGAAUGUGUAAAUAAGUGCACAUAAUUCAGCUAAAGAACCGGCAGUCGGCUUUCGUAACUUCAGCCAGCCGGGUGGCCGGGCUCCGCUGGAGGGCCCAGCAGCGCCGCCUGGGGGCCGCCUGGCACCCGGCACCCAGCGCCUGCGCUUGUGUGUGUGUGUGCGCUUGCACCGCAGCUUGCCUGAGCUUCUAAGGAUUCUUCAACCCGUUCCUCUGAGAAAACCCUCCCGGCAGAAUGUGGAGAGCUAAGCGCCAGCAGUCCUAACGUGCUCCCCUGAUCGGCAGAGGUGCGCUUGGCCGGUGUUGGACCUUUCCCGUCUAGAGUGACCUCGGGAGAAUUGCUAACGUCGCUGCUCCGCGCUGUGUCUUCCGCUGGAGCAGGAGGACCGGACCCUGUGCCCCCAGCGCUGGGAGGGCCAGCGCUGGCCAGGGCAGGGUCAGCCGGCUCAGGGAACUGGAGGCCGCAUAAACGCACCCUACCGACAACCAGUUUGGGUGGCGGAGCAUCCAGGCUCCUCUGAAGCAGCAGGUCUGACGUAUGCAAGAGACUCUGGAUGGGGCUGGAGCCAGACUGCACACGUGGGGCUGGGGCUGGAUUCUGGCUCGGUCUCCAUUCUUUGGUCUGAAACUUCAUGUAUUUGAAUAUAGUUAAAUUUUAUUAUUUUUUUCUUACAGAAAUAUUUUUAAAAAUUAAAGAAAACCUCAAGUGAAAAAGAAUUAACCUGUUAAAUCAGAACAGUUCUCUUUGACCUGUUUUGGUCUAUUGUGUAAAUAUUUAUUUAGACUAUUUUGAUAAUACAUAUUAUUUACCCCACUGUAACAUCCUGUAAACUAAUGUGUUUUUAAGCAAUUUGUAAGACUUGUAAUUACCCUGAGAAUAAGGUUUAUUAAGUAAGCAGCAGCCCCUCCUCCCCGGCAGCAGCCCUGGGCUGUCCCCAGGUUCUCUGCUCAGCCAACAUGGCCCUUUCCUCAGACACAUGCCCCACAGAAGGAAGGCCUGGCUCUGGAGGCCUGUGCUCUUCGCUAGGACUGGUCCGCAGCGGUGGAGGGAGGUGUUGGGGAGCACAGGAGAGGAGUGUCACCUCCUGGACAGAGUGGCAGCCCGCCUGGGAUCGGUCAUUUACAAAGGGACAGCUGCUCGUUUCAGAACUCUUGAAACUGUUUUGCUUUCUUUUUUGUUUUUUGUUUUGUUUUUUGAGACAGGGUCUUUCCACAUAGCCCAGGCUGCCCCAACCCCAUGCUGGGAUUACAGGAGUAUGCUGCCACGUGUAGCUCUCAAAACAGUCUGUGAUACUUGAAGCAGAGCAGGGCCUGGGUACCAAACCGCUCCACGUCAGCUAUCCACAGGUUCUAAGAAAAACACCACAGACCAGCCCUGUCCUGACUGUUAACUCCUACAAAUGCAAAUGAUUGGCUUGGUGUCACCAUCCGGGGAUACAGUGCCUGCAGUAAUGUCACGUGAGCCACACGUGUAAUUUAAACUUUCCUAGUAACUGCUUUUAAAAGGAGGGCCUAUUGUAUAACCCUGGCUGCCUGUAACUCGAUCUGUAGACUAGCUGGUAUCAGACUCAGAGAGAUCCUCCUGCCUCUGCUUCCUGAGUGCUAGGACUCAAGGUGUGCGCCACUAAACCCAACUAAACAUAUCUUUUAAAUAUUUUCUUAAAAACAUGGUAUUGAUUUUAAUAUAUUUACCAAAAGUACUAUUACUUUGAUGUAAAAUCACUGAGAUGGUUUCUGUUCUUUUUUAAUUUUGGAAAUCCUGUGUGUAUUAAACAUAUUUCACUUCAGACUAGCUACUUCAGAUCUCAGUGGCCAGAUGUGGCCAGUGGCAGCCAUGUUGGACAGGCAGCCUGUCCUCAUUUCUUGAAGCACAGUACUGUCCUCAGUCGCUCUCACUGUGGCCAGCUACCAGUCACUUAGGACGACUACCUAGUUCAUUAUUCCCAGGUCAUCUCUUCUAAAACAAUGUGGGGGUGGAGCACGGGCCUGUCCUGAGCACAAGCCCUCCUAAUGAGCUCAACCCACGUAGCCCAGGCUGGCCUGGAACCCUGGGCCUCGUCCCUUGGUCCUGAGAUCUCGAACAGGCACUUCCUGGCUUGCCUGAGGCCUCUAGUCCCCUUUCUGAAAAUUGUUUUUUGUUUUUUUUUUUUUUCCCUGCUGAUUUGCUUUGGGUCCAUCCCCUCAAAGCCGCACUGUAUUAGUAGAGGGACAGAAGCCGAGCGUUGGCCUUGGGGAGCCUCAUCAGCUGAUGCACCCUCCUUGAUGGGGUUUGUGAUAGACCCCUGAGCUCUGUCUCAGACUUGACCUUUCUUAUUUGUGUUUUUAAAGAGUUUGUCUUGAUGGCAUCAUGGCUCUGGCCUUUUCCACAUCCAGUGGAAACUUCAUGGUUGAAUUGACAACGAAAGGAGUUGUAGAAAUCCAAUACUAAUAAAGUAUAAAGGCCUGCGGCCAUUCCUGACCACUGAACAUGGAGGGGGCACUGGACCAAGAGUAAACCCCUAUCUUAAUUACAGAAGAGAAAACUAUUUUUUCUUUGUGUGUGUGAGAGAGAGAGGGAGUGUGAGUGAGUGAGUGAGUGAGUGAGUGAGUGAGUGAGUGAG